AUGGGGACGGCUCUCGCGAUGAGCGUUGAAGCUGUUCGUCGGCAGAUCCCGAAGCACAUGACGGAGUCUCAGCUUCUUGCGAUGUUCAAGGAGUUCGCGAUCGUUGACGAGGUCAACAUCAUCAAGGACAAGGCCACCAAGGCCUCGAGAGGUUGCUGCUUCUUGAGUUGUCCGUCGAGAGAGGAGGCGGAUAAGGCGGUGAAUGCUUGUCAUAAUAAGAGGACGCUGCCGGGGGCUUCUAGUCCAUUACAAGUGAAAUAUGCAGAUGGCGAGUUGGAAAGAUUAGAACACAAACUUUUCAUUGGUAUGCUUCCAAAGAAUGCAUCUGAGGAAGAAGUUUCUGCUUUGUUUUCAAAGUAUGGUAACAUUAAAGACUUACAGAUUUUGAGAGGGUCUCAACAAACAAGCAAAGGUUGUGCUUUUCUGAAGUAUGAGACUAAAGAACAAGCUCUUGCUGCGUUGGAGGCUGUGAACGGGAAACAUAGAAUGGAGGGAUCGAGUGUACCUUUGGUUGUCAAGUGGGCUGAUACCGAGAAAGAAAGGCAAGCUCGACGAGCUCAAAAAGCUCAAUCGCAUGCCUCUAAUGCGACACAUCAGCAACCUUCAUUGUUUGGUGCUUUGCCAAUGGGAUAUAUGCCUCCAUACAAUGGAUUUGGUUAUCAGGCCUCUGGAACUUAUGGACUUAUGCAGUACCCUUUAAGUCCAAUGCAAAACCAAGCUUCCCAUAAUAUGAUUUCGCCAGUCAACCAAGGAAACACAUUGCGAGGGGUUAGUCCUGAGGCAUCAGCUGGUGCGGUGCCUAGAAAUUUUGCUGCAAUGCAGUCUGCUGGCUAUGUAGGCUCAGGAUAUACUGGUGUUCCAGGGCUUCAGUAUCCCCUGGCAUACCAUGGGAAUAUGAUGAGUCAGAGGCCAUCAGGAAAUUCCCAUGGCUUAGUUCACCCUGUAAAUGUGACUAAUAAUGCAUCAACUUCAUCAGGAAACCUUACAAGUUCUGGGAGUCAAACGGAAGGCCCCCCUGGAGCUAAUCUAUUUAUAUAUCAUAUCCCUCAAGAAUUUGGCGACCAAGAGCUAUCAACUGCUUUUCAGGGAUUUGGCAGGGUAUUAAGUGCUAAAGUUUUCAUUGACAAAGCAACCGGUGUCAGUAAAUGCUUUGGUUUCGUAAGCUAUGAUUCACCUGCAGCUGCCCAGGCUGCCAUCAAUGUGAUGAAUGGUUUCCAAUUAGGUGGUAAGAAGCUGAAAGUGCAACUGAAAAGAGAUAAUAAACAGAAUAAAUCUUAUUGACAGCAUCAUCCGAUCUCAAUACUUUAGGGCACAGGAUACAAGUGCUAGCUGUAUAUUUCCUCAUCCUAUAGUGUCACAAAGGUGGGAACUGGAUGCGACAUUAUCAUAUUCAAAUUCUUGAAAUUUGUUACAAUUAAUGUAAUCUAUUGCAGCUUCUUGUAAUUUAUGUAUCAUGAAAAUCCAUUAGACAUCAUCAUUGAAUUCAUUCGAUUGUUCUCUCUAAAUCAUACCAAUGGUUCCUUUGGCUGA